GGAAAAUGGCGGACCGUCAAAUCUAGCGAACGGCAGUUGAAACUUAUCAUCAAAGCCGGGAAACAGACACCGAAAGGCGGGUAGAAGGAACAGUCAUUUUUAAGGUGGAGUGUUGGAUGGAAUCGUCUGCUGACUGAUGUGUCCAGUAGUCCGGAAGACAAGGUGGACUCAUGUCUCUCUGAAUAAAGCUGCUGGAGGGUUGGCAUAGCGAUGUGGAGUCGCUUUCAAAGUGAGGUGGGGCCGCCAGCCACUGUCUCAUCGCAGCCUGCCCUCUGUGGGCAGGACAACAGGAGAGAGAUAUCAAAUGCCUGGAAUAGUCUAAAUCAGACCAAGGCUGCUUUACGGCACAUUGAAAAUCGUCUGGAGGCUGCACCAGGCAGUGGAGUGUUUCUGGAUGUGGUGCUCGACACAAAGAAAGCAACUGUUAGUGGCAGUCGGAAAAUAAGCCGCAGAGGUGAGACAGACACGUCCUCUGUGACACGCGCACACACAGAUGGGCAUCGUGUGGAGGAAAGUGGGUCCAAGUCCAGAACACGGAGUCGGCGUAGUCCAGACAAAAGUUCACGCAGUCCGCUGAGGAACAGCACUAUGGACAACAAUGCCAGGAAGCCCAGCGCCGUAGAAUUCAGAGAACCACUUGCUUCAUACAGAGAAGCAUCUCCGCUGCCAAUGUCCCAGACGCACUCUGAACCUGACCCCCAGUCGCUACCAGUGGAGGUGGGCGUCUCUCAGUCGGACUCUGCCCUGAGCCGGCUGGUCUAUCAGCGUGACACCCGAGACAUGCAGACUGCAGAACUGGACAGCACACGCUCCUCAGCUGUUGACAACACAUCUGUUCGCUACCUCAAUGAUUGUUCUGCUCUCAACACGAUUCACCAGCCUGACCAAGCCACAGCGGGAUCAGAGGUCAAGCCCAGAAUACACUUGCAGGCUGAGACAUCUCAGACUUCCCUGAUGUCCAGCCCGGGUUCAGUCGCGGCUUCACAGCGGCUAGAGAACCUACGACGACGGCAACCAGACGAUAAACUGGAAAAGCUGAAAGAGCGAAUCCGCAGACAGAGGGAACAUCUGGAGGAGACAGCGGAUAGAAACAAUCUUCUGGGAUACCUGGAGCAGCCUGUGGGAAUUGGGGCGGCAGGACACAGUACCACUGCACCCACUGCUAAAGUUCGGAAAGUGGCCCUGGCCCCUCCGGGACCUAUUUAUAAAGGCUUCAACACAAGUGAGACUAAAAUUCGCACACCUGAUGGGAAAGUGUGGGCCCAGGAGGACUUCCAGAAUUUAAGCAGGGAAAUAUACAAAGACUUGACACAACAGCUCACAGCAGAGAGUGCAAAACCAAAACAGAGGCCUGCAGAACGAGAGAGGGCGAAGGAGAAGAAACCAUCCAAGCCUGUGAGAAAAGUGCACAGAUCUUCCUCCGCACCAGACUCCAAUGCUAAACCAGCAAUCAGCACGUCAUCAUGGCGAGAUGGUCAGAAGCUGGUGAAGAUGAUGCUGGGGCCGGUGCCACGGUUACACAAAGAGCCCCGGGCACAGUCCACAGAGAGACAGACGAGAACAGCAGGCCCUGUCCCUCGCUCCAGCUCCGAUACCCGUCUGGAGCGGACCCGCCGUUCAAGGCCCAACAGUACAGAACGAACUUGCAAUCACAUGCUUCCUGAGGAUCCAGCUGGACCUUUCAGAUCAGCAGUUGGAAAUAGAGGAAAGUCUUCCAACACAGACCUACUUUCAGCUGACAUCCGUGGCAUCUUAGAUGACCUGCAGUUGGAGGAGGGCAGCAGGAGGGAACCGGUGUCCAGCUCCAGAGUCCGUGCCUCAACCCGAGCUUCCCGCAGUGCCAGUCCUGCCAAAACUACCAAGACGGUAGAGCCCCCAGAGCAGCCCAUGCCAAAGAAACGUCACUAUGAUGCAGAGGCGGUGCGGAUGUACAUCGCUCUAAAGCAGGAAGAGCGUAAGAAACGGCAAGUUGAGGAAAGGAAGGCUCAGAGAGAGGAGGAAGAGAAGAAGAAUAAACGCCUGCAGGAGCUCUACAGAAGACAGCGAUCAGGGACCACAAAGGCCCCGGUGGCACCUGAAGGGCCAAUAAAGAAGCGGCUGCAGGAAACAUACACCAAACUACUGUUGGAACAGACACAGUAUGUAGGAGAGAUCAACACUGCUGCUGGAACAAACAUCAGCCAGCAGCCGAGACCAGUAUACCAACCAUCUGGAGAGUCAGAUAAAGAAAAUAAAAGACACGAUCGACCUCAGAGUGCCACCUCUAGCAGUGAUCUGUCUCUUACGGGGCAAUGCCAGCCACCUUUCUCCAGGAAUGAGUUGGGAUUUGCAGGUUCGCCCUGGCUCCAGUCUGAUCGGCGUAGUCCUGCUCUAAUCAGAGGCAUCAACUCGCUUGUAUCCCCCUCUGGCCACAUCUUUUCUCAGCUCUUAGAACUUGAUCCAGAACUGUCCGGGCCUGAAAGAGAAUCCAGAACUGCUCCUGUUGCACCUUCAGCUGUAUCCCACAAAAUGAGCCGCAUCGAGGCUCUGAGGGCCACUGCUGCCUCUCUUUCAAACCGCAUAGAGAGUGAGGCACGCAAGCUAACCGGUGUUGGAAUUAACUACGGUUGUGCCAGGGACACAGGCACGGGUCUUUCGAUCCCUAACGAUAACUGCUGGGCUAAGCCUGUCAGUCCGCCAGUCAGAGAAAAUCAGACCGAUUCUGAUGACCUGGUUGAGAGGAUUCAGAGGCUCCUUGCUGCAGGUCAAAGCACCUAUGAUGACACCCUACCAGGUGUUGGCAAUCUGCACAGCUUUAGGGAAAGAACUGAGGGUGUGUACAAUCCCUACUCAGGACCUGCUGUGUCCGGCCUCACUUCUAGAAACAUACUCAAGGCCAAAUCUCCUCCAAAGCCUCUAGUCAAGGAAGUUGUGCUGGACUCUAGUGGAGGUUCCAUCAGCGAGGGUCCUCUGUUGAGUGAGGGCAGUAUUUCUGAUGAUGAAGAUCUCCAAGAGCUGCCAAAAUCCAGUUGCAGAUACAGUGCAGCCCAGCAGAAUGGAGACAGUUUGAACACAAUUUCACGCUUCAAGAAAGAGGCAGAGAAGCACUUGCCCUUUAGUCCAUCAAGUCUGCUACGAGAGAGCAGCGGACCAUGGGAAGAAUUGGCCAAGGGAAGCCCACACAGUGUAAUCAAUAUAUUCACCAAGAAUAUGCAGAGUUAUGGCAAAGUAGCUCUUGAAGAGAGGGGAGGUAAGAGUUCCCCAGCUCUCCGCUCUAUUCUGUCUGCUGGCAGCUCAUUGGAUGGAAUGGUCUAUGAGGAUGACUUCAUUUCCUCCCGUGGCAGUAGCCAAUCAGCAUCCAAGAGAAGUCCUAAUGGUAAUGGACACGGUGGGUUCAGUCCCUCUGACGUGAUGCUGAGUGGCAGAUCAGCACGUGAUAAAGAUGGAGAGGGAUCUCCCCAUUCACCAACCCUCACACCCAUCUCCUCUCCACAUUCGGCCAGCUCAGGCAGCAAAAGAACCUUAGAGAAGAGCCUGCUGAAGGGGCAGAGAAACGCGUCCUCUGCAGACUCUGAUCUUCCUGGUGAAGGUUUUAAAAAGAACAUUUCGGAGAAAGCAUCCAGUCGCAGCUCUCACAGGAGCAUUGACACAGAUGGCACACUGGGGAGAGCUUCAGCCCACUCCAUCCAGAGUCUUGGCUCAGAAGGAAAGAAAUCUCCCCGAAGCCCUGGUACAACUCCUGCUGCUGGUUCUCCAGCUGGAUCUGGUUCUUCUCGACUAUAUCCAGGUGAUGGGAUCCAGGUCAGAGGGUCUGCCCAUGGCUCAAGCCCCCCUCACACUGCCCUUCCCAGCUCCUCCUCAUCCUCCUCUUCAGCUGCUAGGGCUAAAUCCAACCCCUCGCCCUAUAAUCAGAGCCCCCGAGCAGAACACAGGACUGCUGGCUCUGCAGAGCUUCAGUUUGCACCUGGAGUCCUGCAGCAGCGUCUGUCUGCCGAGCUCAGUUACCUGGAUGCAGUGGAGGAGUCUGUACGACAGAUCAGUGAUGUGGAGAGAGUAAGAGGCGUGUCUCUCGCUCAGCAAGAAACAGUCUCGCUCGCUCAGAUUCUGAAGUCCCAACAGCAGAGGCAUGAGCGUGACUUGUACCUGCUUAGAAUGAAGGCGGAGCAGGAAGCCCUGGAAACACAACGGGAGCUGGAAGAGAGCAGGCAGAGAGCCGCACGGGCCCAUGCAGAGCUGCAGGAAAGUGUGCUCCAGUCUCAGCAUCAGGCGUUAGGUUUGCAUGAGGCCACAAACAAGAUGAUCAACCAGCAGGCUGAGGCUGCUCGCCACACAGCUGAAACAGCACGACACAUUAAAGAAAUGACUGAGCUGGCUCGUUCACAGAUUGCGAUGAGUGUUUCUGGCCCUUCUAACAGGCCUUUGUAUGACCAGCAGAAACAGCACAACCAAAGCAUGAAACAGCGCCAGCCACAACAACACACAAACAGUAGCUGGAAGAGUGAGCGGUCUCCAGAGAGAGCCCAGUCAGAAGUUGAGACACCACCAGACAGCUUCUCAGACUCCAUCCCUUCCAGGAGACCCACCAUCAGUGGUGGCGGCAGCAGUAUUACCCAGCUUAGUCCAUCUCUUUCUGAUCAGAAAGAGAAGAGGUCAGCAGAGAAAGACAGGAGUAGUAGUUCAGUGGAGGACCAGGCUCAUACUGCUGUUGAUGACUCCCUUCGCUCAGACAGUGUGCGCAGCCUGCUUGAAGAGAAAGCAGACAGUGCCUCUAUUGCCACGGAGUACUCUGUGAAGUUUGAUGACUCUAUGACGGAGGAUGACAUUGAGGAAAAAUCAUUCCGCUCUCUUUUACCUUCUGAGGCUCAUCGUCGCGAAUCGCUGGACCGGAAACCCAGCUCACACCCAGAAUCUGACGACGACCGCAGCCAUGACAGAACCAGCCCCAGAGAAAGCUCAAAGGAUGGCAGCAUGCCCUUCUCCAGCGGCCAGAACAGCUUCUCCAAAUUCACCAUGGACCUGGUACGUCAUUAUAUGAAGGAAGAGGAGGUUCGAGCACAGCACCAGAGUUCUUUACUGCGUUUGCGUCAGAAAGCCCUGAGAGAGAAGACCAAAGCUGAGCUGGCCUGGCUGGAACACCAGAAGAGGCAUUUCCGAGAUAAAGGAGAGGACGAUAAGAUGCCACCCCUCCGUAAGAAACAAAGAGGCCUGAUAUUGAAACUACAGCAGGAACAGGCAGAGAUCAAGCGACUGCAGGAGGCCAAUAAAGCAGCAAGGAGAGAGAGACAGCUGCUUCUCAAACAGCAGGAGGAGAUAGAGAGAAUGAGACAGACAACCCUUAAACUCAAAGAGCGGCUCAAGAGUGCGGGGGACACAAGCCUGGAGUCACCCCAGGCAGGUGUGCCAGAGGAGUCUACUCCGCCCAGUGUGAUAGUGACAGAGACGCGUAGUCCCUCCCCUAUGUCUGUUUCUGGCAGUGAAACCAGCAGUAUCAUGCAGAAACUAAAGAAGAUGCGCUCUCACAUGGAUGAGAAGUUUCUCACUAAGCGAGAACAGCAGUUGAUGCAGAGGCGCAGACAUGCAGAGGAACUUCUGGAGUGGAGGCAGCGGUUGGAUGCAGAGGAGGCUGAUGUGCGGCGCAUGGAGAAACAGGCGCUAGCAGCCUGGGAAAAGCAACAGCAGCCACGCAGCAGAACACCACCACAGCAAUGCAGUAACACCAGUGGCAGACCAGAGUGUCCCACUGGACUAGAAGCAGGCAGUGAGGAAGACUCCCCAGCUCUAUCUGUGUCCAGUGUGCACACAGAUGCUUCCGUUUCAGAGCAGCUGGCUAGCCCUUCCUCAGACCAUCCCCUUUCUGAGCCCUUCUCACCUCAACCGGCUAGCAGCCCUGUCCCUGAUGCCCUCUACUCACCUGAGCUCCACUCCAUAAACAACAAAAGGUCUCCUCCAGGGAAAGCCAGCCUCAGCUCUCUUCAACAUUCAGACAAUAGCCAGGCUGGUACGGUCACCAGUGGAAGCAGCAGGAUGCAGGUGCACUCUGGCUCCAAGACCAGUGAGCCCCACACCAAUGACCCCCAAUCAGCCACUCCAUCUGAGACCACAUCAGAUCAAAGUGAUAUUGAGAGCCGUAUUCGUGCCCUCAAGGAUGAGCUCCGUAAGCGCAAAUCAGUGGUGUACCAGCUGAAGAAAGAGCAGAAGAAGAGACAAAAAGAACGGCUGAAAGCUCAAGAGGCAAGUCUGCUGAAACAGCUCGAGUCCUAUAAUGACUUUAUUCAGAAGACCAAGGCUGAGUUGAGUAAAGAACCUGGCAGCAUUCCGACUACUAAACCUCAGAUUAAAACUCCCACGUCAGCCACUGAAAAGCCUUGGAUAAAACCCCCUCCGCUUCAGAGGCCUGAGACCAGCAAGAACUGGAUGAUCGUCACAGAGUCUGAGAAAUCAGCGAAGGUUCCCACAGAGACAUCUGUUGAGAAAGAUGAUGAAGCACAAUCGGAACCUUGUAAAUAUUCCUCAGAACAUGAGGAAAUUCCCUCAGAUGAAGAUCUUCCUACAGUCACCCCAACCCCAAUAAUGGGAAGCCCAGAACAUAUGGACAACUUGAUGAGCUUGCAUAGUCCAGAAUACCCUAGCUACCAUUCAGAGGAUAUCCCCUCGCUUAAGGAGCAUUCUGCCAGGCCACGGGCCAAUGACCUUCUUUCAGAAGACGAUAGCAUUGUCUCUAACCAGAGGUCAGAUAUUAUGGAGGAACAGGAAUAUGCAAAGUUAGAGGGCUCUGAAAAUGACGACUCUGGUCCUCUUUUCAAAUUGGAUCUUGGACUUCAGAUGCCAUCUCUGAAAAAUAAUGACUCCAAACUGGAAGAAGAAAUGUUGUCGUGGAAGGAUAGUCAGGAUGCUGAUGAAAAGCCAGCCUUUGGAGACCCUGUAGAAGCUGGAGAGACACUAAAAGUUCGAACGGCCUCAAAUGAAUCUCCUGUGGAGAUAUCAAAAAAUAUAGACUACCCGCUAGAUGAAAAGAGUCCUUCAGUCAUAGAUCAUUCUUACACUGACUUCUCAUUGUCCGAGAGGGAAGAUUCACCAAAGAUCAAAGAGAUGCUGUCACCUUCAGGUGAUGGCUAUAAUGAGGAGUCUUUUUUUGGGUCGUCAUUCAUGGAGGAUAACCUUGAAUUAAAACCUACAUCAACUUCUGCCCCAGAGCCCAAGGAAAAAUCUUAUAAGUCACCUAUAUAUAGUAGUAAAGAGGAAAUUGAAGAAGAACUAAGUGUCCAACCAGAAAGUACCAAUGGCAGCUUCCAAGCUGAUAGCCUUGGGAAAAGCUCCAAAGAAGACAUUGCUAGCCCUUCAAAAUGUCCAACUUCUCCACAGCCUCUAACUCCAACCUUGCCAAUAAAGGACGAAUUGCCAAACUUCUGCAUUGGAGAUAGGGUUUUGGUGAGUAACAUACAACCAGGGACCCUUAGAUUCAAAGGACCGACCAACUUUGCCAAUGGAUUCUGGGCUGGAGUGGAACUGGACAACUCUGAGGGAAGUAACAAUGGAACCUACGAUGCUGUGGUGUACUUCAAGUGUAGGGACAACCAUGGUAUAUUCGCCCCACCGGACAAGAUCUCUCGUCUUCCAGAAAAGUUUGAGGCUAGUGCAGACACGGAAGAUGAAGAUUCAUCACUUGAUGACCAGCCAAACAAGAAACUCAAAGAGUCCAGCUUGGAGAAGCAAUUGGAGCACAGAAAUCUUCUAAAUAAAGGGAAAGGAGAAAAAUCUGACCUAGAUUUGCAUUCUGAGGACAGAGGGCCUUCUGAUGAACACGACAAGCCAUUUGAAUUCAACAUCAAACAGCUUUCGUUUGGGAAAAGUACCUUUAAUAAAUCACUGCAUAACCUAAAUUUUAACGAUAUUAACUGCAAUACAAUUAAGGACUGUGACAAAGGUUCACACGUGGUGCCUAACGGUGGAGGCAGGGACAUCAUUCUCGGAUUUGAGGACACAUCCAUUGAUGAUGUUGUUCCAUUGCUAAAUAAUUUGGAUAAGGGGAUAUCUAAAAGACAAAAGCAGCAAGAAGAACAUACAGCAGUCAUUUUGGACCUGUUGGUUGAAGGUGAGAAAUCCAAAGUUGAUGGCCUUCAGAAAUCCACAGACAUCUCCAUCGAGGAGGCCAGCUUAGAUACUAGAGAGGACUUGAAUAACAAAAGAGCUUUGACUACCCUUGCAGAUAAGCUUGUGGACAACUUUGUAAGUGAUGCUGUGAAGCAAUUACAGAAGAUCAAGAAAGACAAAGAGGAAAAGUUAUCAGUUGCUAAUCAUCAGAAAAGAGACUUCGUCAAUGAAGAUGAUGAACUUAAAAGCAAUAAUGUCAAGUCUCAGAGCAGGUCUGCAUCCAAUACAAGGACGGACAGUUUCUGCACCUUCUUUGAUGACGACCAGGAAGAACUUUCAUCUCCAGAGCAUUGCAACAGACCAGAGAGCCCUGUCUUGGGAACAAGUGGACAGGAAGAGCUAGCCAAACGUCUGGCUGAGCUGGAGCUGAGCCGUGAGCUCUUCGAUGUCCUUGGGGAUGAGCAGGACUGGUUUGAUGAAGACUAUGGUCUCAGUUCACGAAAACUACAGCAGAAGCAAAAUCUCCAGCAGCAGGAGGAGAUUUCUAGCUCUUUGAGUCUGGGUCCAGGGGAACCAGGCAAAACACCCCCCAGGCCUGAGCUUCCCUUGCAGAUGAAGCAACCAGAGGAGCCUGUCAUGAUUGUUCCUCACAAUGUGCAGGAGGUGGAGAAAUUAGUCAGUGCUGCUACACAGGAGAUCUGGAAAAGUUGCAAGCUGGGUAAUGGUAGACCAAGUCUGGUUGGUGUACCCAAACCUCAACCCUCUAAUGAUUUCCUGGGUGAAGACACCAAAGCCAAUGACCAGGAGGCCCAGUGCAAACGAAGUUACAAACAGGCCGUCUUUGAUUUAUCAUGGGAAGUCAUUCAAGAUAUCUAUGCAGAAGUUCCAAAAGUUGAUCAACCACAAUGGAUGAAGCCACGUCGCCUUAAUUCAAACUUCUUCCAUCGGGUCAAAUGCCCUAAUGACAUCACAACGGUCCAGGAAUUUGUCACCACUGAGGUAUUAAAGCUGUGUGGUUUAAGGAAAGAGCAGAAUCAAAAAACAGACUGGCAGAAGAUGAUCAAAUUUGGCCGAAAAAAACGAGACCGAGUUGACCACAUUCUAGUCCAGGAGUUGCAUGAGGAGGAAUCCCAGUGGGUGAACUAUGACGAGGACGAACUUUUUGUGAAGAUGCAGCUAGCUGAUGGUAUUUUUGAUGCUUUGCUAAAAGACACAGCUGAAGUUCUGACCCAAAUCCAAGAGAAAAGAUCCAAAAGAACUCUCUGAUGAUACUUUUAUUUGUACAGAGAAACGCUUUUAGGUACCUUCUAUUAUACAUGGAAGUCCAUGUAUAAUAGAUAUUCUUUCAUAAAAAGACAUCUGGUAGGGAAUUCUUUUUCAGUCUGCUUUAACAGUCCACAACCAGACAUUUUGUGGGUUGAAUAUCCAUAGUAUGGAAAGGCCAUAGCAUCUUGUCAGCAGUCUAAUCUUCCUGAGGUCUGACUUGUAAUGAAUUCAGCUAUUGGUGGUCCUGUGUUAAUUGUAGCAGCUGCUUGGGUCUAAAUUCCCCAUACUGGGUCUGUUCAUCAUUGCUGCUAAAACUGGCUUUGCCAUCUCAAGUCUUAAUCGAAUACAAAUUUAGAAGGGGCAGAUCAAAUUAGGACAGACCUGAAGACUUGGACUAACUAAUUAGAUUGUGUCAUAACAAAAAUACUUUUCCUUUAAUUCUAUUAUUUUAUUUUUAAAGUAACAUUUGAAUUUGAAAGUAAUGUUGAAAGUGUGUACAAAAAAAGAGAGAAUAUUUAACAAUUUACAGAAUUAAUUGCACAAACUAAGCACAAUAAUUAAAAAUUGAAAGUCUAAAUGGCAAUACAAUGUAAAGGGAUUUGAUGCAUGGUAAUAAUGAGUGCAAAAAAAUGUAAAUGAUAUUUAACUGUCUGCUUUUUGAAAGCAACAGGGAAAGCCUGUCCUUGUAAUGGUUUUUUUGUUUGCUCCUUCAUACAAUGUUGUAUUGGCAACAGAUGCAUCAGUUACUGAAUUCUAAAAGGUUGACAUUUAGAUUGAAAUGUUAUCCUAGCUGUGCUAAACACGGUAAUGCUGGAUUCUAGCCUUAACAUUUGCCUUUCACAUUAAUUUUAAGUGCCUCCAUGGUCAUUUGUUUGCUCAUGCAAGAGUGACAUUUCCCAGCCUUCCUUUGAUGUGUAUCGUAGGUCCUUUUGGCUUUAAUCUGGUCAUGUAUCUCAUGUAACCAUCUUUCUUGAUAGUUGGACAAACCUCUAAUGCCGUAAGAUGUGCAUUUCUUCCUUGGUUUGUGUGCACCCAUCAUCAUAACCCUUUUAAAAGUUAAAAUUUUGUGUUUUAAAGAAGCAAAUGCAUAAAGGAAAGAUGGACAGUAAUACACCAUCACUGGCACAAGGGCAGAUUUGUUUACUUUUAGAAAAGGAAGUGUUUUACUCAUUGUGUCUGCUUAAGAGAAACUGCUGAAGGGCUCCCCACAUCCAUCCUGUCUUCAUAACUAAAUCCUGUUUUCCAAGAAUACUGUGAUGUACAUAUUUGUUUGUAAAUCAGUCUCCUUAACAAUCCUGGUUGCAGAGGAUACUUGUGAUCAUAGUGUCUUAUAUUUUUAACUAGCUGUAAACAGCCCUUCCUCAAAGCUGUAGCUCCUGAGCCAGUCUGUCCGAUAGUGAUCUACAGCAUCAUUGUGAGGUUAGAGCUAGAAAAUGUUAUGGUGUCAGUGAGUUAUGUUAAUCUAUGCAGCAACAGUCUCUGAUACACAGCAUCAGUCACUCAUCCAAUAACAAUCCAAUGAACGGAGCUAGUUAUAUAGGUAACUGAGAUCUCUACCUCAUUCAGAGAAUAGGCUACAACUAAUAAUCAAAGUCUUUUUGGCUAACAAUCUUUGAACUUUGUGGGUGGUUAAGAUUCUGCCUGGGGGGUGGGGGGUGGAUUUACACAUCACAAAUGGUUUGAUAAUCAGUUUCUAAUCUUAAAUUGGUGGGGCAUAGAAAUGUUUUGCAUCCCUUAAGUGUAUGUAUAAGUAAAUGUAUAUUUAUAAUGAUGUACUGUGAGUGACAGAGGUGCACUUGAAGACUUGUAAAUUGUUUUAUCCAUGUAAAUAGAGUCAUGGCCUAUUUCCUGUGAGUGGACUCAUGGAAGAUUGCUGUAAAAAUGGACAUGGUUCCUUUUGCUUCCAUGUACAUAUUAUAGAUAUAUUUGUUAACUAAACUGAUCCUUUGGAAAUUGUAAAUAAAGGUCUCAUUUCUCAGUCAUAA